AUGGCCGAAAACACGUCACAAACCCUAGCCCCAAUCCCGAGCAUCCCUGCAGGCUACGCCGUCCGCACCGGUCUCCCGCCGGCCCCAGUGUACCGGGACCUACGAUCCAGAGCGGGCAUCAUUCCCGUGACCCCGCAACAGGCCGAGGCGGCGAUCAAGGGAUCCUGGUUCGGGUGCCACAUUGUGCACACGUCGGCGUCCUCGGAGGAGACCAUCGUCGGCAUGGGUGGCGUCAUCGCCAACGGCAGCUGGUACUUUCACAUUGUCGACAUCGCCAUCCUGCCGGAGCACCAGCGCAAGGGGCUGGGCAAGCUGGUCAUCCACACGCUCAUGGAGCACAUACUGGCCAACAAGGCCGAGGGCAGGCCGUUCAUCUGCCUCUCCGCGUCGGACGAGGGGGCCAGCCUGUAUAGAAAGUGCGCCUUUAUGGAUGGGGAGAAGUUUGGCGAGACUGGCAUGGUGUGGGAGGGGACGUAUCCCGAGAUAGUGAAGGAGUUGAGGGACGCGGAGAAGGCUCAGUCUUGA